GUGUGAACCGCAAACAGAAACAAACUGUGCUUUGAAUGUGAAGACAAACAUGAAUUGAUCGGUGAAUUGAGAGCACAAUUAGUGAAGACAUGGACUCAUUGGACAGCAGAGUGAAGAGCGAAGACAUGUCUGAGGGAGAGAUCGCUGACUCGGACUCGGAGGAAGAGCCGGAGCGGCAGUUGUAUUGCAUUUGUCGGACUCCAGACACGAAUCGGUUUAUGAUUGGAUGCGACAAAUGCGAGGAAUGGUUUCACGGGAACUGCAUUUCCAUCACUCAGGAGUACGCCAAACGCAUUCAACACUUCUAUUGCCUCAUGUGUCGCGACAAAGACCCCACUCUUCAGAUCGUCUUCAAAGAGACCAAAAAGCAGCCCAAGAAGAGAGACCCGGAGUUCACUUCCGCGCAGACCUCCCGACACGUGGACACCGGUCCCAACGACACGGAUGUGGUCCACAAGAACUACGAAAGAGAUCCCGACUAUAAUCCGGAACAAAAGGCCGCCAAAAGAUUUUCGGUGUCCGAAGAGGAGGAGGAAGAAGACGACGACUAUUACGAGUCUUUGGUCGAAGAGAAGCGCAUCAAAAGACACGGAACAGCAAACAGGCGAAGAGGCGGUCGUCGACCCGUCCGACCGGAAAAGGACGACAAGAAGGAUAAAAGGGGUCGAAAGCCAAGCAGUCGUGGGGUUCGGUCGCGACAUCGCAAGAAAGACGAGACCAACAAAAAGACACAUAAGAAGAGCAAAGAGCAUACGAUAGAAGUGGAAACGGGUCCCAAACAGUGCUACGGACCCGGAUGUGUGAACACCUCCCGCAAGGCCUCCAAGUAUUGUAGUGAUGAGUGCGGCGUCAAGUUAGCCACCAAUCGGAUCAUCGAAAUACUGCCGCAUCGGAUCAGACAAUGGCAGAGCACUCCCUGUGCGGCUGAUGACCGCUCGCAUAAAGCACUGGAAGACAUUCGUACCGAACAACAAGAGGCCCGAAGACUGCUCAACGAAUUGGAUCAGAAGCAGAAAGAUCUGGAGCUUCUGAUCACUCGCGGCAAAAGCACUGCUCCCAUGACUGAAGAGGAAUCAAAUGAGGCCGACAAUGAGGGCGAGACUGAACUCAGCAUUUAUUGCGUGUCUUGUGGUCACGAAAUCAAUCAAAGACUGGCUCUCAAACAUAUGGAGAGAUGUUAUAACAAAUACGAGAGUCAAACCUCUUUUGGUUCUAUAUUUAAGACCAAAAUAGAAGGACAGACCGUUUUCUGUGACUAUUUCAAUCAACUACAGGGAACUUAUUGCAAACGUUUACGGCUUCUCUGUCCGGAGCACUCGAAAGACCCGAAAAUAGCGGACGACGAGGUGUGCGGCGCUCCGUUGGCAUCUGAGGGCUGUCCGUUCGAGCACUCCGGGCGCUUCUGUCGCGUGCUUAAGAAGAAAUGCAAUAAACAUCACAUGUGGGAGAAGUUAAGAAGGGCUGAGUUGGACGCCGAACGCAUCCAACAGUGGCUUAAACUGGACGACCUCUUCGAGAGGGAACAGAAGAUCAGGUACUGUAUGGCCAAUAGACACGGCAUACUCGGCCUUAUGUUGCAUCAGACUAUAGUACACGACGAGAGUGAGUCACAACCUCAUUGACGCACUCUUUGGCAUUCAUAUCCAUAUCAUAUGAAUUCAAUCAAUUUAUCACUACAACCAACACAUGAAAGCAAAUGUGGGCUCAAAAAGUCAUC